AUGUUUACCCCAACAAAUAUAAUUUCAAUUGAUUUUUUAAACAACACUUCUUUUGUGUUAAAAUCUGAUGAAUUAAAGACUACUUACCAUAAAUAUUCCCCCAAAUGGGUCUCUCAUCUAGUCGGAAGCCUACAUUUUAACUCAACCCUUAAGAAAAAGAUGAAGAGGAUCUCUCUGGAUUAUCGAAGGAGACUUGAAAAAUGUAUUAUCGGAAUUGGCGACAUUGAGCUGACGAAAAGUAAUUAA